AUGAGGAUCUGCCCUCUCCUUCCGGAUUUUGCUACGGAGCACGAGCCGGUGCGGCAUUAUCAACAAGACAGGCCAGCUUGGACGGCCCAAGAAGGAGGUGUGCUUCCGGAGUGGGAGGGUUGUCGAAAACGGAGUCCUCAGGCCAUCCAGAAAGAUUGUGAUCAGGGUGAGAGGCCCCUUAUGUAUGGAUUGCCAAGAGCUGCUGUCACCAUCGUCGUUGGCAGGCUCGCAAUCGCCGCCCGCAAUCACCUCAUCUCCUCGGGGCAUGUCGACCCAGGCAGGAGGCAACCCUCCCCCAGUUAA